AUGGAUCAGGUGUUCCAUAAAACAACUAUUGGUAUGAGUCAGGGCAGUGAUAGCUGUGCGCUCAAAACUUGGAAGUUGCACAAAUUGGCGUUGGAGUCAGGGGAGCUGUACCAACAACACGGUUCGGGUGACAGUGCUGCGAGCGUACUCGGCAAGACAGCAAAGAUCAUAGAAGAAGCAUCUCCUGAACUAGCCGUGGAGUUAUUCCAAAUGGCGGCUGAUGCGUCUGCUGCGAGGCAGCUUAGAAAUGCACAACGCAAAAAUUUUGUCAUCAACGGUUUCUCAGAAAGUAGUCCGUCUUUGGGAUGGACAUCAACGGUGGAGUCCUUGUACAGAGACAACAUAAGGUCUCGGUCGGAGCACGUGUGGGACUCGGCGACAGCUUCUACAUCCCGACCAAGGAUACCACCAACGGCGACGGCAACGACGUCACAGCAAGCUGAUGAAAUGAUGCACCAAGCCCUGAGAGGUCGCGUUCAGGCUGUUCAAAAUGAACAUGACAGGGAGACAGCUGCCAUAGAUAGAGAACUAAAACGAUUAGAUGAAGAUCUGGACCGUAGGCUUAAAGCUCUUCAUGAUCAAUUCACGCAGGUGUCAGAAACAGAAAGGCCCGAAGAGGUCACAGAGCCAGAUGUACCUCCCGAAAUUCCGGAAUUAUUGCCAAAUGAAACGAGCGUUGUGGCUCUGGAUCCUCAGCCAGGACCCUCUACGUCCCAGGCAGGGUUCUCCUUGGCCCAACCAGAUGAGGUAUUGGCAAAUCUUCAGGUUAUACUUCACGAUGAAAAUGCUAUGGAUAGUGGUGUUUCGGAUAAUCCGGGACCAAGUUUUGCAAACCAUCCAAGGCAGAACUUUUUUGAGGAAUUCCAGAGACGAUUGUCACAAGAUUUGAACAUACAGCUAACUGUGCCGGAGAUUUUGUUAAAUUUUGGAAACCCUCCUGAUCAAAGGGUUUUGGAUGACUUUAUUAGGCGCGUAGAAGAAGGCGCGAGCUCAGGGCUAACUCAGGCCGAUCAAACAGGCUCAGACCACCGUCCGAGGCGGACCUUUAUCGAUGAAUUUCAGAGAUAA